AUAGUAUUUUCCUAAAACUGAUAUAUUAUAUUUGGAGAUCAGUAUAUCUUGGACGCAUAUGGUUUACCUGUUCUAAAAUUUCACAUCACUAAUAAUUUUGUAUGUAAUGUAGAAAUAUUUAUAACUUAUUAAUUGAUUAUAAGAUGGAAACUCACUAAUCUGAACAAUAUACUAAUUUAUAUAGUUUUGUUCGAUUAAUUAUUUCAGAUUACUUAGGGAAGAAUGCAAAAAUUAGUGAUAUUAUAUAUGGCGAAGAUGAAUAUAAUGGACCAUAACUUUUAACUUAUGUCACUAAGAUAAGAGCCGCCCUUAAAGCGAAAGCCACAUAUUAGAUGACAAUUCCUUCUAGUUAAUUAGCUUUAAUGAAAACUAACUAUAUCUAUAUAAAAUAAGGGGUAACGAAGUCUUAUAAACCUUCUAUAAAUAGGCACUCUUCAACGAAACUCAGCAUUCACUUGAAAACUCUCAAACUACAUAUCAUUCUUACAACAUUCUUCAUUUCGUUAACAAACACUAAAAAAGAAAAUGUCAUCCAUAGGAGCAAGUUACGCACCAUUAUAUCUUAUGCAGAAGCAGCUCAAGGAGCAGAAGAAGAUAAAGAGAGAAAAGGAGAGAGCAGAUAAAGCCCAAAGUCUCGCUGUCGGUGAAACCUCUUUGGACACAGGAAGGAAGUCUAACAGAAUCUACCCUUCCCGCUCAUCUUACAGUGAACACGUAGAGAGACCAAAUCACAAGAGUGAAAUCUAAAGUAAGGAAGGACUGAUUCAGACAUAUCUCCAUGUAACUUGGUCUUGUAUGUAACAUGUUUAUAUGUGUUUGUAUGUGUAUAUGGUAUGGGUCUAAAACAUAUCUUGGUCUGUUUAUAUAAGGUCAUAUGUGAAUUACUUGUUUGAGUGUUAAAAGGUUGUUGUAUGCAAGAUGUAUAUGUUAAUGGAUCUGUACUCCAACUAAAAUUUAUGA